UCCUAUAUAAACAAAUGCAGAAACAUUUAUAAAUUUAAAAGGGUGAUUUUUUAGACUAGUGAUCAGGGGCGUCACCAAAGAAAUGGCCAUGAACAAAUGUGUGAACUCACCAUUCAGGCCAAUAGAAUUGUCUAUUGCACCGGUUGGUAUGAAAUCAUUGGUGAAGAUGAAGAGAAGCAUUUUGAGGCCAAGGGUGGUGAUCAUGGCUACGAAAGAACCGGUGAUCGAUGGCCUGACUGAUGAAAUGAACGAUAUUGCCAUAAGGAACUUGGACUUUGCGCCUUCUCGGAGACUUGUUCGUUCUGUUUUUGCUGAGGUUCAACAGCAGCUUGAUCAUUGCUUGUUUAAGAUGGCUCCUCCUGGAAUUAGAACAGAGGAGUGGUAUGAGAUAAAUUCGAAGGAUCAAGAAAUAUUCUGCAAAAGUUGGUUGCCGGGGCCUGAUGUUCAGCUUAAGGGAGCUUUGUGUUUCUGUCAUGGAUAUGGUGAUACAUGCACUUUUUUCUUCGAAGGUGUUGCGAAGCAAAUUGCAGCAAGUGGAUAUGCUGUUUAUGCAAUAGAUCAUCCUGGUUUCGGUCUUUCAGAAGGACUACAUGGUUAUGUAUAUAGUUUUGAAGAUAUAGUUGACAACGUCAUUGAACAAUUCACGAUCAUCAAAGGAAGGCCUGAGAUACGGGGGUUACCACACUUUUUAUUGGGUCAGUCCAUGGGUGGAGCAGUUGCUAUCAAGGCUCUACUGAAGGAACCACAACAAUGGGAUGGACUAGUUCUUGUGGCUCCGAUGUGUAAGAUUGCAGAGGACGUGAUGCCUCCAGCACCCAUCGCUAAUGCAUUGAUUAUGUUAGCAAAAGUUCUUCCGAAAGCUAAGCUUGUACCUCAACAAGAUUUAGCUGAGCUAGCAUUCAGAGACUUAAAUAAAAGGAAACUGGCAUCAUAUAACGUGAUCUGUUACAAUGACCAAACAAGACUGAGGACUGCUGUAGAAUUGCUGAACGCUACAAAAGAUAUUGAAUCACAGCUCGACAAGAUCAAUUCCCCACUGCUUAUUCUUCACGGAGCUGCUGACAAGAUUACGGACCCGAAGAUAAGUGAGUUUCUUUAUGAAAAGGCAUCCAGUGAGGAUAAAACCUUGAAGCUUUAUAAGGAUGGAUACCAUUGCAUUCUAGAAGGAGAACCGGACGAAAUAAUUUUCACAGUUAUUCAAGACAUUAUCACUUGGCUUGAUUCUCAAUGUUCUGUCCAUAAAGAGUCACUCCAAGUUGCCAAGUGCUCAGAAUCCUAGUUUCACAAGCUUAUUUUAGUUCUUACAAUAGUAGAGCAGAUUUCUUUCAUUGGGUAGUCAAAAUUAGUUUACAAGCCCAUAACCAUGAUCGUAUAAACGGUGAAUCGGAACUAAGCGGUUAAUCUGCGGAUUGAGAAUUUACAUAAAUUUAUUGGAGAUUUUUGAAUGAA